UAGAAAUAUGCAUUUCCAUAAUACCGCAUUUGAAUUAAUGAAGUGGAAGUACAGAUGAAAGCAGUCUGGAGGAAGCUUGAAGUACAGUACAGUUUUGUUCAGUUUCUUAAUUCUGAGAAAACAAGUUGGGAAAGCUGCAAUAUCAUCUUUGUAGUCAGCCACCAAAUCUUAAAUUGGGCUUCGCUGAACAGACCAAGCUUAACAUUUGUGAAGCAGAAGGGCCAGUUCCUUUGCACAGGAGGGAUUAGAAGUGAACAAUGACUCGACUGAGAGUUUAUGAGCAAUUACUUGGAGCCUAUCUGCUUAUCAUUCUGCAUGUUCAAGGACAAAAUCCUGGCACGGGAAUGAAGACAAAUCCUGACCAAAAGAAACAAGCAAAUGGAGUAACACUCGCUCCAGAGGACACCUUACCCUUUCUUAAAUGCUACUGUUCGGGGCAUUGUCCAGAUGAUGCUAUUAACAAUACAUGCAUAACAAAUGGGCAUUGCUUUGCUAUCGUUGAGGAAGAUGAACAUGGAGAACCYACGCUUGCUUCUGGCUGCAUGAAGUAUGAAGGUUCUGACUUUCAGUGCAAGGACUCACCGAAAGCCCAGCUGCGGCGGACAAUUGAGUGCUGUCGGACUGACUUCUGCAACCAGGAUUUACAGCCAACGCUACCACCGCUUGAUAGCACAGAUGGACUUUUUGAUGGCAGCAUUCGUUGGAUGGCAGUGUUAAUUUCUAUGGCUGUCUGCAUAAUUGUCAUGAUCAUCUUAUUCAGUUGCUUCUGCUACAAGCAUUAUUGUAAGUGGGUGGCAAAGAGACGCUGUUAUAAUCGUGACCUGGAGCAAGAUGAAGCAUUUAUUCCAGCUGGGGAGUCAUUGAAGGACCUUAUUGACCAGUCRCAGAGUUCAGGCAGCGGAUCAGGACUACCAUUGCUGGUUCAGCGCACUAUUGCCAAGCAAAUUCAGAUGGUGAGGCAAGUUGGGAAGGGCCGAUAUGGUGAGGUGUGGAUGGGCAAGUGGAGGGGCGAGAAAGUGGCCGUCAAGGUGUUUUUCACUACAGAAGAAGCCAGCUGGUUCCGAGAAACAGAAAUCUACCAAACUGUGCUAAUGCGGCACGAGAAUAUCCUUGGUUUUAUAGCUGCAGACAUUAAGGGCACUGGCUCCUGGACACAGCUCUACUUGAUUACAGAUUAUCAUGAAAAUGGAUCAUUAUAUGAUUUUUUGAAAUGCACUACACUAGACAACAGGGCCCUCCUCAAACUGGCCUAUUCUGCUGCAUGUGGCCUCUGCCAUCUACACACAGAAAUUUAUGGGACGCAAGGCAAGCCUGCUAUUGCACACAGGGACUUGAAGAGYAAAAAUAUCUUAAUAAAGAAAAAUGGAACCUGCUGUAUUGCUGACUUGGGGCUUGCAGUCAAGUUUAACAGUGAUACCAACGAAGUUGAUGUUCCCUUGAACACUAGAGUGGGAACAAAACGUUACAUGGCUCCAGAAGUCCUCGAUGAAAGCCUAAAUAAAAAUCAUUUCCAACCAUACAUCAUGGCUGACAUCUACAGUUUUGGGCUGAUCAUCUGGGAAAUGGCUCGGCGCUGUGUCACAGGAGGUAUUGUUGAAGAGUAUCAGUUGCCAUAUUAUGAUAUGGUGCCAAAUGAUCCAUCCUACGAGGAUAUGAGAGAAGUGGUGUGUGUCAAACGUCUGCGCCCAGUGGUAUCCAAUAGGUGGAAUAGUGAUGAAUGUUUAAGAGCAAUAUUGAAACUCAUGUCUGAAUGCUGGGCCCAUAAUCCUGCCUCGAGACUUACUGCCUUGAGGAUCAAGAAGACACUUGCCAAGAUGGUGGAAUCACAAGAUGUAAAGAUAUGACGCAGUCAAGUGAUAUUGGGGAGCGAAGCUGGACUCCUGGAACUUUCCACUCAAACGUGGGUGAGAUCUAAGUGGGAAGAGGAAGCAACUGAGAAUCAGUUUUUUUCCUCACCACUCUUCUACAGGCUGCUAAUUAAAUCUUUCAGUACUUCAUAGACAGUGAUGCUGAGAGCCUCCGCAUGCUACAUAGAUGGACAGCCUUGUGAAAAUACACGUUUCAUUUUUGUUUGAGCUGCAUUGAGACUUCAGUCAUACUUAGUGAGUCUCCAGUAAAACUCUGGGUACUGAAUUGAAUGUUCAGAUUACAGUGCUUUCUGUGAAAGCCUAACAAGCUAAAUGGAUUCAACGGAGAUGGAGAAUAUAAGCUUUUUUGCCUUCUACCUGAUAAAAACCUAGUCAAUUCAUACCAAGUUUUUGUGAAACAGCCUGUAGGUUAUGGAUAAGUUUGUGAUACCGCUCAGUUUAACAGUUCCUUAUGCCUUUAUGUGUGUGCCAGGAUUAUUUUGCUGCCAUUUGGGAUAGAUAAGAAACCAUUUAAAUGAACAAAUUUCUGUGGUCAGAGCUCUGAGUACUUUGUGACUUCACAAUCACAGAACUUGCUGCAGAAUUGAUUCCUUGCCAUUAUCCUCUAAAAUCUCAGUUUUAAUUUUAUUUCUGUGCUUCCUUUGAUCACAAAGAAAGCUGCAAAAAUGUGAACCAAUUAUAAACCAAAGCCUACCUGAGUCUGUAAGGAGCUUGAAGCAAUAUCUCUUAGAGGUAUUAAAUUGCCUUGGCCACCAUGCUUACAGUCUAGUGGGCUCCAUAAUUGCACAGUUAUAAAAUCUGGCAUAUUUUUCAUAAUGUCACAUGCAGCCAGCGUUUUUGCUGUAUAAUACUUCAUAUCUUAACAGAUCGGUGAUGCCUUUCUGCUUUAAUUGGACUUACCUGUAGAUGCCUGUCAUGCUCUCAACUUUUUCCAUACGGGAAGGAAUUAGCUGUAGGAACACACUUUCUCAACAGUUGACAAAACCAGGCAGAAGAUAAGUUUUGAAAGGCUUGAGACCAAGUCUUAUUUAUAGGUACRAAAGAGGGAAAUCACAAAGCACAGGCUCAGUGGAGAAGAUUAGAGAAUGCAGUAGAGGUGGAGACCUGGAGAGCCAAGUAUUUGACCCAUUCAAGAUAGCCAUCCAUCCACAGAUGCCAAAAGACUCGUGAAUUGGGUUUGCGGACUGCUUAGAGAACAGUUGUAAAAUCCAAGAUUUGUGAAAAAGGUAAAUCGGUGAUUAUUUUUAAUUCAAGUUAGUCAUAUUUGGGAGGAAUAGCAUGGAAAGAGAUCUCAUGAAGAUAGAGCAAAGAAACAGAAUUGCAGAAUUUGACUGUAUUGCACCAACUAUUUUGCAAGUGAGUUAAAAAGCCGGGGCCAAACCCCUCCCUGAGGUUGCUGUAGGGCAGAUAGUGCUAUGCGCCUCCUUUGCCACUUGUGGCUUGAAGUCAAAAACGGUAGCACAGCUCCAGCUGAAACUUCAGUUGCGCCUGAAAAAAUCAUCUGAAGAAUGAACACACAGUAUUGGAACCAUUCAACCUAUUUGAUAAUUUAAGUGCCUAUAACUUCGUACUGUAAACCUUGUUUUAGAUAACUUUAAAAAGGGAAGUUAUUUAUGCAGUGUGCUUUGUGCUUUAUUAACAAACAUCUAGUCCUAAGUACAUGUGUACAGUUAGGUACAUGUGCACAGACACGCCAUAGCUGAGAUUUGA